AUACGCUUUAAUCUAUCCAGUGUACUCAACAACAGUAGGUGUAAAAACGGAUGCACAAACUGUGAGGUCCGUCAACCGUUUCCACUAUUCCGAAGGAAACCUACUUUUCCCAGUAGCGCCAUAAUGUUACGCAUUACCAGACCGAGCGCAUACUGCGGUUCAGUCUAUCCUUCCUUGCCCCGGCGUCACAGCUUCCAGGUGCAUUGCACAGCAUCGCCAGAGCCAGGUGACACGGAGAGACCCAGCAGCAGCAAAGGGAAAUCAUUUAGCAAUGAGCGACGUAGAAGAGGCCGGCCGGCGCACCUGCGAAGCCCUGACGACUCGCCAUUACGGGACGGCAACCGGGAUCGCCUGUUGGGCUUGUUGACGGAGCGUGCUGCCAAGACGCUAGCCUACUACCUGUUGGAGACCAAUCACAACAUGCACCACUGGGUGAAUCGCUUCAUACAGGAGCAUCCCAUACCCCGGGACGGCAACUGGGAUGACGUCAGCGGCGACAACUUCCUGCGCACCCUGAUGGCCAUGCCUAUUGAGGAGGCCAUGCCGUGGGGCCGGGACCCCGUGUUCCACAACACCUCUGGCUGCGAGGUGGAUCCCCGCAGCCUGGCGCAGAGGAUCAUGGAGAUCCGCUCCCAGCUGGCCGGAGAGUUCAUCGCGGACCUGCAGCAGGUGGCGGAGGAGAACAAGGUGCUGCAGCUGGAGGCGCUGCAGGCUUCCCUGCUGAGCACCGAGGAUGCGAUCGCGGACGGCAGCGCUGCCGCCCGGCAAGCAGCCACCUCCUCUUCAUCGUCCUCGUCAUACGCCGCCUCAACAAGCUCCUCCUCCCUGGACGUAGCCGGCAACGGCGGCGGCAGCGUGUUUGAGGGCGGCGCCGCCGCUGCUCGUGCUCGGGCGCGCAGGGCAAAGAGGUCGGUCCUGCCCAGCCAGCCCACUCCCUCCAACUGGCGCCUGCGGCUGGAGGUUGAGGCGCAAGUGCACGGCGACGGCUCAGACGGCUCCGCCGCCACGUCAGCGGCGGCGGCGGCGGCAGGCCUAGGUGGCGGCGGUCUGGGCAUCCCAGACAGCGUCCAAACGGGGAUCAUCUCGCCGACAUGGACACCGCAGGCACCGCUACCGCCGUCGCCGGAGGCGGCGGCGGCGGACGUGUCAGCAGCGGCGGCGGGAACGCCCCCUUCGCCUCCGCCGCUUCACCCGGAGGUCGCGGAGCUGCUGCCGCUGAUCAAGUCCUCGCCUGACGUGGCGCUGACGCCCGACGUGGCCCAGAUGCUAUCCAGCCUGGCCGUGCUGUCCAGCGGGCAGCUGCAUCCGGACAUCCUGCAGGCGCUGCGUACGGCGGUGGCGGCGGGCGCCCGGCUGCACCCCGAGGUGGCGGAGCUGCUGAAGCUUGACGUGGCGGCGGCGCCCUCCGCGGCGGCGGCAGCAGCAGCCGAGGAUUCCAAGGAUGGCACGACGACGGCGACGGCGAUGACGACGGAUGUGGAAGCAGCGGCGGUGGCUCCGCCGCCGCUGGCGUCAUCUCCUAGCGCAUCGAGCACGGCUGUGCCGUCAAAGCCAACGUCGGUUUCAUCGCCGGCGGUGCCACCCGCCUCGCUGGCUUCGUCGACCGAGGGGGCCCCCAACAGUGGAGGCAAGAACACCGCCGGUGACAAUACGCCCGUCGCGCCAUAUUCGAAAGUGACGGCGGAGGCGGCGUCCGCCUCGCCUUCUGUUCAGCAGGUGGUGAAAGAAGCCCCACAUGCGGCUGUUGAGGACUCAAUUACCAACCUGCAAGAUGACAUUUGCCUACACUCUGAUGAAGAAUGACUGCAUGGGCGGCAGUGGUGGCUUGUUUGUAUGCAUGGGGUGCGUGCGUGGCUGCUUGCGGGGAAGAUGACCCAUGGGUCGGUUGCAGUACCCUGGACGCGCCAAUCAAGUCGAGCGAGGAGGGUAUAAGACGGCAUGUAGAGUUAGAAUGUAGCGAGCAAACGUGUUCGAUUGGCCUUAAGUAAAACCCUAAGUCAUUGAGAGGACAAUUUGAGUCGCAUCAGCUGCAUGGUAACAUCGAAAGUGGCAAGAUUUAUUUUACGCAACCUAUCCUAUACGACUUCUUGAAUUAUGAGCGGUUGAGAGAGGAGCGUGUUAGGGUGUCAACCGCCGGUCGACAUGUCGUGCAUGCGGCGGUACGACAUGCCUCGUGGCUUGUUGCAGUUGCAUCGGCAUCCUAGGGUUGCCGUGUCUCAGGAGAGGAUGAAAGUCAUCGACUAGUAUCGAUAGUCUGCGUGGUUUGAAGACUUCAGAGAAGACCUUUAGGCGUGUGGAAGAAGGAAGAGUGUCGCAGUGAGAAGAAUUAUAUCGUAUUACAUGUUAUCUUGCUAUGUGUGUCCAAUGUAUUGUGGCGUUAGCUGUGGGAUAAGGUAUGGGUGUGCUGUAUGGUGUCUGGUUUACAGGAUAUGGUGUGGUAAACGCUCAUCCGGUCGGCUCUGCGGCCUCUCGAGGAGUUGGAACUUUUAUGAGAAGAACUUUACAUGUUUCCGACACACAAGCUGUCGCAUGCGGACAUGCCGGGAAGGUCCCAGCACAGCACGGGUUGUGUCGGCAAUGCCCCUGUCAUGCGUACGACAUGCCUGGAUCACCGGUAGUCUGCUUGACCGAAUGCUGUACAAUAAUUGUACGCAUACAAGGUAGUGUCGUACGCUACGCUGUUACAGUAGGAGUAGGAGGCAUGGCGGUGUUAGUGACCCGCCGGAGGUUAAGUAGGUUAUAGCCAGGAAAUCCACCCAACCCUGCCGUAUGUCCUCUUGUUUGCACCUCUUAACUUGAUUACCUUCACGAAGCACGCUGCUGUUGUAUGUUGGUGUUGGUUGUUUGAUCUACAAUUGCAGAGAAGACUUACUAGGAUCUGCGCCGUGACGACACGGCUUGUGUGUUGCGUCCAACAUAAGUAUCCAACAAUAUACCGGUACGUGUAAAUACCUCGUGCGAAGUGGGAGGCCUUACCGUGGGCUGCACGUAACCUCAAAGUUCCCAGUGUACGAGUGCUUGGUAGGUUGUGCCGCUGGACGCUUGGUGCACUAUUGGGGGUCGGGGGUCGUUCACUGUGUUUACAGUUGGAGCAUGCACGCCUAGUAGGCUGACGUGGAUGCCUGUAAAAGCGGUAGCAGCCAUUGGCUAGGAAGAUCGGUAGCGCAGUGGGUACCCACGCCAUCACUGUAUCUUCAAUCCCUCAUCUUUACCCGGCUCGAU